AAUUCUCUCUUCUUUUUUACUGAAACUGCACCUGAUCUUAGCUUGUAUCAAUCACCUUCAGGUUCCACCCUACGUGGUGGCUCAGGUGCUUGGAUCAACCCUUGCUAGUUUCACACUGAAAUGGUUAUUUUAUGGAGAUCCAGCAGAAGUCAUGCUUACUCUUCCUUCCGACGGCACAAACAAUCUGAAAGCUAUUGCAUGGGAGAUCGCCCUCACAUUCAUUUUGAUGAUCGUCAUCAGUGGUGCUGCUGCUGAUGGCAGAUCGGUCAAGGAGCUCUCAGGAGUUGCAAUAGGAGCCAUCGUCUUUGUUAAUGCAAUUAUUGCUGGCAAGGUGACUGGUCCUUCCAUGAACCCGGCAAGAAGCUUAGGACCUGCAAUUGCAGCGCAGAAGUUUGAUAGGCUCUGGCUCUAUAUAGUUGCGCCGGUGAUCGGUGCAGUUGCCGGAUCAACUCUGUACAGCUUCCUCGACUUGCCAGAAAAUUCUAAUAGGAAUCAAAAGAGGAUCAAUUCCAGUAUGAUUUGCUAAACUCUGUAUAUUUUCCAGUCGGCUAGAAAUAAACAUAUUAUCUUUUAUCAACGACCUA